AUGGCGAACAACAGAAAGGUGCAGGUAGACAUCUACCGUCUCUUGAAAAAGACGAGCGAGGGGCUGGAUUUCUACGAGGAGCUCUUUGAUAAAUUUGAAAAUGCCCCAAACCUCACCAUAAAAGAACGUCUAGAAGGGGAGCUUAAGAAGGAAAUCAAGAAACUGCAACGGCAGCGAGAGCAGAUCAAGUCCUUCAUAGCCAGCUCCGACGUCAAGGAUACCAAGCAGCUGGAGACGUUUCGGAAAAAAAUCGAAGCCAAGAUGGAGGCCUUUAAAGUCUGUGAACGUGAGAUGAAGACAAAGACUUUCAGCAAGGAAGGACUUGCCCUGGCGGCUAACGACUGGGCCGAAGCCCCGCUCGCGCAGACCGAAGCGUGGCUAAAAGCCUCCAUCGAGGAAGGGCGUAAGAAGAUUGAAAUCAUGGAGUAUGAAUUCCAAAAACAGCAGGGCAGCGCAGCUCGCUCGGGCCGCCGGGCUCCGAACAAAGGCGGCGCGAAGUCCGAGCUGCAGCUUCGCCUGGAGAAGCUCAACGUCCAUAUUUUUAAGUGGGAGUCCCUCUUGCGGAUGGUGAGCAACGAGGAGGUCGAGCCGGAGGAGGUCGAUGCGCUGCGCGAGAAUAUCGAAAAAGUUCUGGAGGACGACGCCGAUCUGGCGUGCAUCUCGAACAUGACCAUGUACGACGACUUUGACAUCCCGGAGCCGAAGCUGAAGCCCGUGGCGGAGGACUUCGCCGAGGAAAAGCUCGAGGAGGAGCGGAAGGACGCCUCGCUGCGGAGCAAAUCGCGCUCGAUUCCGGAUCCGCCGGCCGCCGGGGGCGCGAAAUCCGCCGGAUCCCCCUCCACGACCCCGAAACUCGAGAUCACGCCCUCGCCUCUGCCGAACCCCGGCACCGGGAAUAGCUUUGAGAAGGAAACCACGGGAAAGGGUGGGAAGAACGGCGCGGCGGCGUCGAACGGCCGCGCGACGGCGGUGAGCCCCUCCAAAGUCUCCGUGAACGCCUUUUCCUCCACGACGGGGGCCCUCAAGACGCCCAGUGUCGGCCUCGUCAAAGACGACGAGGUCGGCUCGCAGUGGAUGGAUGAGUCGAUUGACAACGCGAACGACGACACCUUCGGCGGUGAGGCGAUGGAGAUCGCGAACCCGGGCACCCUCGCCGAGAUGGCGAACGCCACGCUGAAGCUGAUGUCGCCGAAUGACUGGGAAGGGCGGAAGUCGGAGCUGCGGAAGACGUACUCCCCGGAGGAACCCACGAUCGCCGCCCCCCCUACCGCUCCCAACCCCCUCCCCGCGACGACGACGCCCGCGGAGUCGACGAGCACCCCUUUACCGGAGACGUCUGGGGAAAAAGAAACGCCGGUGCCACCGGCGCCGGCCUCCUCCUCGCUCUCCGCGAGCCCCCAAAGCGCCCCCUCCGUCGUGCGAAACCCGAAAUGCAGCUACAACGCGGCGACGACGCUCGCGCUGCUGGAUAUGUCGCUCGCGAACCUCCCGCACACCCUCGACGUGGAGCGGCAGCGGCCGUACGAGCCGCCGAACGCGAUCGACCCGAUCCCGUACUUCCCACAGGACGUCCACCCGGUGCUCUCCAGCCGCGAGAUCUACCGCCAUUUCGACCUCGAAACGCUCUUUUUCAUCUUCUAUUAUCAUCAAAAGUCCUAUCAGCAGUACUUCGCGUCAAAGGAGCUGAAGGCGCACUCCUUCCGCUUCCACACCGAGCUCAAGCGGUGGUAUCAGCGCCGCGAGAAGCCGAAGGAGACGACCGCGAAGAGCGAACGCGGUGCGUACACCUACUUUGAUUACGAAGAUACCUGGCAAAAACAAACCGUCGACGACUUCGUCUUUGAGUAUAAAUAUUUAGAGGAUGAACUGAACUGA